AUGGUUCAGCCAUUACUGAAUCUAGCACGCAUUGCGCCUCUAAAGCUUGGCGCGCGAGGACCUUUUAGAAGCUACUCAUCAAGUGCCAAAUCUUUUGUUAGACCGAAAUCCCCGGUUAUCACUACGAAACGGGUGUUGGUAGUUACUGCCUUUGCUGCUGCGGCUUACGUCUAUACAGAUGACACAGCUAAGAGUGCGGUUCGCCAUUUGGGCGUGACCUCCAAAAGGGUUGGGGUUGUUGCGCAGGCUACGAUGCGGUGUGUGUACAAUUACCAGCGAACGCUUUCUGCGAACUAUAGUUCUGAACAAGAACGUAGCGACGCGCUGAAGAAGUGCCACCAGCUAUGCGCUAAAGUUACUUUACGCGCAUUAGAGACCAACGGUGGAGUUUUCAUCAAGCUCGGCCAACACAUUGCGGCUAUGACAUACUUGCUUCCCCCAGAGUGGACUGAGACCAUGGUCCCGCUGCAAGACAAGUGCCCGCAGUCCACUCACCAAGAAAUUGAAGAUCUUUUCAAGCAGGAUCUCAAAAUAGACAUACAAGACAUGUUUUCAGACUUUGACCCCGAGCCUAUAGGAGUCGCGUCGCUGGCGCAAGUUCAUGUCGCAACGCUUAGGUCAACGGGCGAGAAAGUCGCGGUUAAAUGUCAACACCCCUCUUUGAAAGAAUUCGUUCCUUUGGAUGUCCUAUUAACACAGACAGUAUUUAAUGUUGUUGAUGUUUUAUUUCCAGAGUAUCCACUGACGUGGCUAGCAGAUGAACUACAAAAUUCCAUCUAUGUUGAGCUAGAUUUCACGAAAGAAGCAGAAAAUGCACGGAGGACUGCAGACUACUUCUCUAAUUACAUCAGCGAAACUGCGUUGCGAAUUCCGAAAGUCAUUGUUGCAAACAAGAGAAUAUUGAUUAUGGAAUACAUCGGAGGUCACCGGUUAGAUGAUCUGGCAUAUCUAGACGAGAACCAUAUUUCCCGCGCCCAGGUUUCCUCCUGCCUAUCUCACAUCUUUAAUAACAUGAUCUUCACUCCGAAUGUUGGUAUUCACUGCGACCCUCACGGGGGGAACCUGGCUAUUAGGCAUCUUGAGAAGUCCAGGGGGCAUCACAAUUUCGAGAUUAUUCUUUAUGAUCAUGGUUUAUACAGGCACCCAACUACUGAGAUGAGGCGUGAUUAUGCAAAGUUUUGGCUAGCACUGCUGGACAAUGACGUCGCCAACAUGAAAAAAUACGCUAUGAAAUUCGCAAACAUCAAUGAAGACCAAUUCCCGCUUUUCGCAGCUGCCAUCACGGGAAGAAGCAUUGAUGCAGCUCAAAGCUCUGAUAUUCUAAAGCCGAGGUCGGAUGAAGAAAUACGAGUGAUGGCUGAUGCUCUGAUGGAAGGGUCACUCUUGGGCGAUUUGAUGACAUUUUUGUGCAAGGUCCCAAGGGUAGUUCUUUUGAUUUUGAAAACAAACGACCUCACUAGACACUUGGACGAGUGCUUACAAAGUCCCCUCAGCGUUGAACGAACUUUUCUAAUAAUGACGCAGUACUGUGCACGCACAGUGUAUGAAGAAGUCCGUCAAAACAUCAACGAGCAAUACCAGAAAUGGUCACUAACAUGGAUUUUUAAAGAAAUCACAGCGUGGUGGGAAUAUGAGAGGAGAAAAAAUCAAUUAGUACUGUAUGAUUUGGGAUUUUGGUUCAAGAACCGUUUUUUAUAG